AUCCAAAUAUAGAUGUUGCUUACAUAAACAAUCCCAAUCCGAAGAUCCGAGAAAAACAUCUCAUCAACCAAGAACGAACCUGUCUCUCUUUCUUAUUCUGGCGUACUCUUGAAAUUUUUACUUCUCGUCGCAAUACAUCGACGAUUCCAUUCUCCAUCCUUUUUCAUAAUGCUUUCCAUAUUGCGAUGGGUGCGAAUCCCUCGUCCCAGGGUAUGUAUUCUCGAUUUAUCGCGAUCCCUUUGCCGCUCAUAGGAAAUCAAGCAAUAUUAAUUAAUGAACAGACUUUCCUGUAUGUCAUGACAUUACGUACUGGCACAGAGAUGAUUUCGUUGUCUAUGAUAUUUAAUAAAGUUACUGGUUUCUACGGCCUACUCGCAGUUCUUGCCGGCUUGAAGUUAUCGCCCUUACAACUUUCGAUGUACAUCUAUUCCGUUGCCGCUCUCGCACUUACCGCAUUCCUCAUGCCUCAUAUCCGCAAUCAAACACCCUUUCAAUGCUUAGCCCUCGCAUGGUUUUACUUAUUCGAUACGAUUAUCAACACAGCCUUUACUACCGCGUUCGCAGUGACAUGGCUCUUAGCCAUAAGCGCAGAUCAAUCUAAUAAAGGAAUACCAAGCGCCGCUCCAGGAAGUAGCACAAUCGACGAGACUGCAGGCUUUACUAGCCCAAAAUUCAACGUCAGUGCGGUGAAUGUUAUUGCCUCGCCAGCAUCGGGUGCUGGACAGGAUGCGGUUGCAUACGGAACGGCCGCUGGGGCAACCCUCGAGCAAAGUGUUGGAAUCGAGGAAAGCGUUCCUAGUAUCAUCGUCGUUGGAAUUUUGACAUUGAUUCGAAUCUACUUUAUUUUGGUAAUUAUGGCAUAUGCACGACAAGUCUUAAGACAGAACAUGUACUCUGCCUCUUCAACAAAAUUACAUCUUAACACCGAUGGAAGCACAGACGCACGUGCCGAAAACCCUUUUGCGGUAGGCUCACCACAAGGACAAGGUUGGAAAGGCAAGCUUGGUAGACUUAUGGUGAAAGUCGGAGAAGGAUAUUGGCUUGGUGGUCAAGUUGAUGAAGCUUGGGUUAAAGGUUUGGAUGGACGAUUCAAGACCCAAAGAACAUUCAAUGGACCUCCAGGUACUAUUGAAAGAGAACGAAGGGCGAGAAGUGGAACAGGACCACCUGUCCCCGCUAAAGCUCUCGGCAUUGGAAAAAUGUAAAAUCACAGAAUAAUGAUGGCGGCUUGGGAAGCGAGGAAUAGACAUUGUACAUGGAAUUUCUAUAGUGCUAAGGGAUGAUGUGAGAUGGACAGGAAAUUAAUGGUAUGAAGUGGAGGAAGUCAACUGCGGAAAAGCUGGAUGAUUGAUACUCAACAGGCCAAGGCUGGAACAGGUUUUCAUAGCACGUAUGGCGUUCUUUGGGUAUUUUCUGAUAGAGGGGGGGAUCGUUGCAAGUAGUCAGACUUUUUUUGGUGGAUUUUCGAAUUGCUCAUAGCCAUGGAAUAGGAAAUCGUUGACGAUGGCAAGUAUUAUAUAAUGAUUUAGGAAUUAAUGCCAACUGGUAGAUUACAUACUUUCGGAAAUGUAUUUAAUGUCUUGUGUUUGAUAUCUCGUGUUCGGGUUUGGAGUUCAAAUUCUAUGCCACCGAACUUGGCAC